AUGACGGAAAACAAGAAUCAAUAUGCAGUUUUAGUUAUCCUAGCUCUUAGUAAUUGUGCAUUUACAGAAGACAGUUUUGAAGACAGCAGAUUUAUCGAAAUUAUGAGAAAUGUUUGUCAGGCCUGUGAGGUGUCUCAUUAUCCGAAUGUUUGGUCUUUUAUGACAUCUCUUUCGGCUUUUUGUGAAAUGUUUGUAAUGGAAUCAGAUGGUGAAUAUCAGUUCAUUGAUCUGUCAAUCAAAGAUAUCUUGCUCUGUCAUUAUGCAAGAAAAUUCAUUACACACAUAAUUAAGUAUGCACCUUGUAAAUUUCUGUCCACAAAUAUCAAGUUCGAUGAUGCGUUCUUGGAUGAAACAAUGACUGGGGUGUUAAUGAAAAAAUCCAAAUUCCAUACACUUGCAGAACGUCUUCUGCAGGAUAUAAAUAACAACAGUAUGUCUGAUGUUUUUAGAAGUACUGCCCUACAAAGCAAAAUCUUUGUUGACGCCUUCAUAAAUCACUUACAAAGUAAAACAUAUGAUGAAAUUAAGUUGUUAUUUCUGAGAUGUCCUGAUGUAAGAGCGAUGACAUCAACCUGGCUCCAUUCAGAGUUUAAGGUAAUAAGCUGGGCCAUCUUUUAUGGUCAUAGAAGAAUUCUAGAAUUUGUUCUAAAUUCUGCUAUAGAAAAUGGAGAUUCUCAUGAAAACGUGAUCGGCAAAAAUAAAAAUGAAAACAUUCGAAUGGUGAAACUCGCUUGUUUUAGUGGCAAUGUUGACAUGUACUGUUCGAUUAUACGAUUUUUUCCAUAUGUGGAGGUUUUUGCAGAUAGUACUACUGCAUCAAGUAGAUGUACGUUUGACAUAGAUGUGAAAAAAGAAAUAUAUAGAAAAAACCUUGACAGCUUCAUAUUGUCACCUAACACAAAUGACGACAGUUUUUAUGCAUCUGGCUUUACGGUCAUGACGGCAGCCUGUUUAUGUGGGAAUCUUCCCUUAGUGAAAGAGAUCUUACAUGAUGUGCAAAAAAGAGAUGUUUGCGAGUCGAAUGAACACGAGUCUAUUCCAUCUCUAAAUUUUGUUUAUGGGGACAACAGGACACCACUGGAAGCAGCAAUUUUGUCCAGCGAUUGUACUUUUGUGAAAGAAUUGAUCGAGAUUGGUGCUGAGGUAGAUUACAGAAUUCCAUUAUAUUCUGUUAUGAAAUCGGAUAAUUUGGAAAUGGAAAAAACGUUGCUGGAAAAUGGAGCUGAUAUCAAAAAAGUUUUGGAGCAGGCGUCCCUCGAUGGAAACAAAAUUGUUGUUUUGAAAAUAUUGAAUGGUUCGUGUAAAGACAUUUUGAAGAAAAGGGGACAGUUUCAGAGCUGUCUUGAUUGGGCUUUGUACAAAGCUUGUGAGGGGGCAAAUUUUCACAUAAUAAAGUUGCUCCUUGAGCAGGGUGCUAACUUAAACUCGACUUUACCAAACAAAUGGACUCCACUCCACAUUGCAAUUGGAAAAGGCAAUGAUAAGAUAGCGAGAUACCUCAUCGAGAAGGGCUCUAACUGUAAUAGCAAAGAAGAUCUUUUAGGAAGAACUCCUUUACACGUUGCCUCUCAAAAACAUCUCCUACAAGUUGUAAAAUUAUUAUUAAAGAGAGGCUCUAACUGCAAUGAGUGUGACGUUGAACGAUGUACUCCACUUCAUCUUGCAAUUGACCCUCAUGACAAUUCCAUUGAUAAAACUGCAGAUGUAACAGACGAUUUGCUUUUUCUCAUACAAACGCUUAUUGACAAUAAAGCUGAUAUUACUAUAUGUGAUAAAGAUAAAAUCUCUCCGCUGCUGAGUGCAUGCAAGAAUCAAAUGUGGUCUGUGGCAAAAGCAUUAAUUAUAAAUGGCGCUGAUUUUAAUGCGUGUGAUGAAAACGGAGAUAUUCCACUCUGUUAUGCUUCAAAACACAGCGCAUUAGAAGUUGUCGAAGUGCUUAUUGAAAGAGGGGCAAUCGUGAAUCUCUGUAAUAAGUCUCGCAAAUCGCCACUCCAUAUCGCAUCGGGUAAUGGGUGUGUGUUAAUUGUUGAGAAACUUAUCAGAAAUGGAGCCAAGGUCAAUUUAUGUGACAGUUGUGGUAAAACACCAAUCCAUGCAGCAACAGAAAAUGGAUUUUUAGAAGUGGUAAAGAAAUUAAUCGAAAAUGGCUCUACUUGUAAAACCACUGAUAAGUUUGGUGAAACACCAUUGAUUUGUGCCUUGAAAUAUGGACACGAGGAUAUAGCGUUGAAACUUAUCCUAAAUGGUGCAGAUAUUUACUCUUCAAGGGAAAAUUACAACUCUUCACUUAUCUAUGCGAUUAAAAGAGGACAAUGGAAAGUUCUUGAAAAACUCAGCACACUCGUUGUAGCUAGUGACAUAUACCAGGAUUGUGUAAAAUCCUCAUUAUGUAAAGUAUUGGUCAAAGAUCAUGAAAAUAUUAAAGACCCCGCCCAGACACCAACAGCAGUUUUGAAUAUUAUCGAAAAAUUUAUUGAAAAAGGCGCACAUGUCAACUAUUGUGAUGCUGUUGGCAAUUACCCGCUUCAUUACGCAGUCGAACUUGGAUUUCAGAGUGUUGCUGAGAAAUUGAUAAGCCAUGGUGCCAGAUGCAAUCAAUUUAAUUUGAAAGGAAAAUCGCCUUUACUAAUUGCUAUAAAAGAGAGGAACGAAAACCUAAGUUUAAGAUUAAUCGAACUUGGAUCUACAGUCAAUUUAUUUGAUAAAAAUGAAGAGUCACCGCUGAUUUGUGCAUCUAAGAAUGAUCUUCUGAAUGUUGUUAGAAUGCUUAUUAAAUAUGGGGCGAAUGUUAAUCAGGUUGAUGAAUUUGGAGAAUCGCCAUUGAGUUAUGCAUCAAAGAACAGUUUCUUGACUGUUGCAGAAAUCUUAAUUAGGAAUGGUGCAGAGAUUGGGAAACUAAAUAAGGAAGGGGAGUCACCACUUUUUCAGGCUUGUGAAAAUGGGCAUACGGCAAUAGUAAAAGCAUUAUUGUAUAACGGUGCCAAAUUUAACUUUGCUUCAAAUAAAAGAAAUCAUUUGCUUUUACAUCGUUCUUUAAGGGAAGGAAAUUUAUUUUUAGCUGAAAAACUUAUUGAUUCUGGUGCCGAUUGCACACUUUGCGAUGAGGAAGGAAAGACGCCGAUACUUAUUGCAACGGAAAAGGGUUAUCUCUAUAUUGUUCUAAAAUUGAUUGAGGAUGAGGUAAAUUUUAUCAAAUUUAAUGAUUGUGUCUACCAACUUCUGUAUGCAGCAUGUGUAAAUGGACAUAUGAAUGUUCUUCAGAUACUUAUUAAACACUGGUUUGAUUUUACAUAUAAUGAAGUCCAAAAGGGAAAUUUGCUGCUGGAUACUAUAUCCUCUGGUCAUGUUUUUGUGGCCUGUAAACUAAUAAGUCUCAUGAAGAAUUUCAACCAUUGUAAUGAAAAUGGAGAAACGGCAUUACAUUUGGCUUCUUUAGAAAAUUAUUUAUGCGUGGUUGAAAAACUUAUUCAAAAUGGGGCUGAAUGCAACCAAGUAGAUAAAAAGGGACGUUCGCCUCUUCAUUUAGCUGCACAAAAUGGCUGUAUAUCCAUAGUAGAACAUCUGCUUGAAAAUAAUUCUGACAUCAAAAUAGAAGAUAAAUAUGGCAAUUCCCCACUACAUUUAGCGUCGGAAAAUGGACAUGCCUUGAUAGUGAAAAGUUUGCUCGAACACGGUGCUGAUUGCAACGCCGAAAAUAAACAUGGGCUAACUCCACUUUUACUCGCAGCAACUGGUAUAACAGGAAUUUCUUCUGUAGUAGAGACGUUAAUUCUGCACGGAGCCGAUCUUAAUUGCUAUGAUGACGAUGAAAAUUCCCCUUUGUAUUUAGCAGUUGAAGAGGGUCAUAAUACAGUGGUAAAAACACUGAUAAAACACGGUGCAGAUGUAAAUAGUUGUAAUGAAGAUGGUUCGUCUCCACUACAUGCAGUAGUGAGUGAAUACAAGUUUAAACAGCGUGAACUUCUUAUUCUCGAAAACUUAUUAGCAAACGGGGCAGAUUGUAAUAAAUGCAAUGAAAAUUGCCAAACACCAUUAUUCAUUGCUGCUGAAUUAGGAAACACUGUUGGUGUACAGAUGCUCAUUAAUCACGGAGCUGAUGUCAACAUAUGUGAUAAUUAUGGCAAAUCCCCAUUAUUUGUUGCAAUUGAUGAAGGACAUUUUUCUUCUCUACAGAUUCUUAUUGAUCACGGAGCAGAUGUCAACUUGUGUGAUAAAGAUGGAAAAUCUCCAUUACUUAUUGCAACUGGUAUAACAACAAUUCCAGUGAUGCAGAAACUUGCUAGUCAUUGUGAAGAUUGCAACAUAUGUGACAUAAAUAAAAACUACUUUCUAAUUUACACAAUUAAACGAGGUGAAUAUGACAUAAACGCUUUGAAACGUACCUUUGGUGAUGGUUCUGAGGUAAACAUAUGUAACAAUUAUGGAAAAUGCCCAGAAUAUUUAGCAAUUGAACGUGAAGACAGUACCUACAUGCAAAUGCUUAUAGAACAUGGAGCCGACGUAAAUGGAUGUGAUAUUCAUGGCCAAUCCCCUCUUCAUAUUGCAGUUAGUAAUAUCAAAAUCCAAAAUGUGAAAACACUCCUGGAACACGGCGCUGAUAUUAAUAAAUGUGAUAAUUAUGGUAUUUCACCAUUUCAUAUUGCGACGCAAAAAAAUAACAAAUUUGUUAUUAAUAUGUUUUUCAAUCAGGGUGCUGAGAUAAAUAAAACGAAAUGA